UCGGAAUACUAUUUGGAGUUAAAAAUGGAAGGAGGGUUUAAGCUUGGUUAACAUUGUCUAUAAAAAUAAAGGGAAAAAAAUGUUACCCUAAAAUAACCCUUGAUCCCCAAAGUGCCCCCUUUCCCAUUUCUCCCAACCCUCUCUUCCUUCUCCCGAUCUCCAAUCGCCACCAUGUUCCGGCAAGUAGCUCACCGCCUCCUCACCCGAUCCACCACCACCACCUACUCCAUCUUCCCCGCUACCACCACCCUCCGCCCUUUCUCCACCGAGGUAUCCACCGAUGCCUCCUCCGGCGACUCCGCUUUCAUCGACGCCUGGAAGAAGGUUGCCCCCAACAUCGAUCCACCAAAGACUCCGAGCCAGUAUAUGGAGCCCCGUCCCCCCACUCCUUCCUCUCUUCCCUCCAAACUCACCGUCAAUUUCGUUCUCCCCUACGCCGCCGAACUCUCCAAAGCAGAGGUUGACAUGGUGAUAGUUCCAGCAACAACGGGCCAGAUGGGUAUUUUACCAGGACACGUACCAACAAUCGCAGAGCUCAAACCAGGCCUCCUUUCGGUCCACGAAGGUAACGACGUGAAGAAAUACUUUAUAAGCAGCGGCUUUGCUUUUGUGCACUCAAACUCUUACGCAGACAUAUUGGCUGUUGAGGCGGUUCCCCUUGACCGAAUUGACCCGGCCCAAGUACAAAAGGGUUUAAGUGAGUUCACUCAGAAGCUGAACUCAGCAUCAUCUGAUUUGGACAAAGCUGAAGCCCAGAUCGGAGUUGAUGUUCACAGCGCUCUCAACUCUGCUCUUACUGGUUAAGAGUUUUGUCGUCAUUUAUUUUUGUUUAUUUUUGACUCAAAAAUAAGAGUUUUCUCUUAAUUUCUUUAUGCAAAUUGGGAAAACUUUGGUGGAAUGUUUGGGUGUGUUCAUUCUGAAUUAAAAAUAUAAUUUGUCAUGUUUGACAUCAAA